GCAAUAUUUAAAAAAUUUGUUAUUUAUUUUUACAAUUUCGAUAAGUUUCAUUGAUACACUCUAAUAAAAUGUUGGAGUUACCACGUAUUACAAGAUCAGUGCGAUUGUACACAAAUCUUGGACGUAUUAAAAGUACAGCAGACUUAGAACCAAAUGAUUUACUUAAAAAACAGGCAGAGCAAUCUAAGCUAAAGAGCGAACUAAACUGGCAUGGUUUGGUCAGCUGCUUUCCGAAAGAUGUCAAGCGUUAUUUGGAUGAGUUGCGGCGGAUUUGUGCGAAAAUAUUUGAUGAUUGUCCUGUUGAACUCGUCCAUGAAUUUACGAUAUUUACAUUGUAUUUAUUAAUUGACGAAGAAUGCAUGACACAAAAAGUAUUUAAUAUGUUAAAGGAAAGAGCAGGGAACUUAGAACAUCAAGAUGCUGGUAAUAUAAUGAAGAUAAUUUUAUUGAUUCGAAAAAACUUAAGUGAAGAUAUGUUGACCUUAUUAAGAAAUAACAAGGAAAAUAUUAAUAACAAGGAGACGUCUGAAAACAAAGUAUUUGACGCAAAGUUCGUCUACAAACCUGCUAGGGCAAUAUGGCCAAACACUAUAGCACUUCGUAGUAUGUCAUCGGAAAGUAUAAGUGAACGAACAAACAAUUUUACAAUGAAUUACAAUGACUACAUAAGUAAAUCAUGCAAAACUGAGUUUAAUAAAGCAAGAUGCAAAGAAGGUUUGAAGUUGUGCCACAUGAAGUAUUUGGAAAUGAUGUCUUUCGACGUUUUCGUGAAGUAUAUAAUGGAUGUACUCAAAACUUCUGGCAAUCAGCAAAAUGAUUUACUUGAUUUCUUAGGUUGCGAACAGAUAGACUUUAUACAGUAUAUUAUUCAACAUAAAAACAGUAUUACAGCCUUAGCUACUGGUCCUUGUCCUGGUAUAAAAAUACCGAAGGUUUCUCAUGGACAAGGACCAGUAAUUAGUGGUCAAGUAACUGUUCAGUCUGAAAAAGAAAAGUAUCUGCGGAAACAAAUACGAAAAGAAGAGAAGAAAUUAAAUAAAAUGUCGGGUAAACGUGAAGGAAAUGACAUUGAAUCGCAAGAACUGUAUUUGAAGAAACAGGAAGCAUUAAUCGAGUCACGUACACCUAUAUUCAAGAAAGAUACUUAUUCCAGUAAGAAUGUACGAGAAAACUUUCCCUUCGUAUUUGACUCGAAUACAAACAGUAGGUGUACAAAUGGUUAUGUCUCGGGUCAGAAAAUAAUGUUGCCAGAAAAUGUUGCAAGGGAGGAUACGAACACAAAGGAAGAAGUUCGUAUACCGAUUCCAGAAUUACAAGAAAUUAAUGUCAGUUACAAACCCAUUAAGAUAUCCACGUUAGAUGAUAUCGGGCAAAUGGCAUUCAGCGGAAUCGAAGAGCUAAAUCGAAUACAAAGUAUAGUGUUCGAUGUAGCGUAUCAUACAAAUGAGAAUUUGUUGAUUUGCGCGCCAACCGGUGCUGGAAAAACGAACGUUGCUAUGCUGACUGUUAUACAUCAAAUAAAACAACAUAUUGAACAGGGUCAGUUAAUGAAAAAUCAGUUUAAAAUCAUUUACGUGACGCCUAUGAAAGCGUUGGCAGCGGAGAUGACGACGAAUUUUGGUAAAAGACUCGAACGCCUUGGUAUAUCGGUUCGAGAACUGACCGGUGAUAUGCAGUUGACCAAGUCGGAGAUCCAGCAAACGCAGAUGAUUGUCACUACGCCAGAAAAAUGGGACGUUCUUACUAGAAAAGGGGCCGGCGAUACUUCCCUUACUCGCAUAGUAAAGUUGUUAAUUAUCGACGAGGUGCAUUUGUUGCACGGCGACAGAGGGCCGGUAGUUGAAGCACUGGUCGCCCGAACCAUAAGACAAGUGGAAUCGUCUCAAAGUAUGAUCAGAAUAGUCGGGCUGUCAGCGACUCUACCGAAUUACGUGGACGUUGCAAAAUUUUUAAGGGUGAAUCCAUAUAGAGGCCUGUUUUAUUUCGAUCAUCGUUUCCGUCCAGUGCCACUUAGUCAGACGUUUAUAGGUGUAAAAGCAACUGCACCGUUGCAACAGGCGACUGAUAUGGAUCUCAUAUGUUAUGAAAAGGUUGUAGAGUUUGUGCGGAAUGGACAUCAAGUUUUGGUGUUUGUGCAUGCACGUAAUGCUACUAUUAGGGUGGCGACUGUGCUGAAAGAGUUGGCUAUGAAACAUAACACAUUAAAGUUAUUCAUACCUGAUGGCCAUGCAAAGUUCACUAGAACGGCUUUUGCCAAAUCAAACAACAAGCAUCUGCUCGAGUUAUUCAAUCACGGGUUGUCAGUGCAUCAUGCCGGUUUGCUGCGCGCGGAGAGAAAUCAAAUUGAAAAAUUCUUUUCUGACGGACUCAUUAGAGUACUAGUGUGUACCUCGACAUUGGCCUGGGGCGUAAACUUACCUGCGCAUGCCGUUAUCAUAAGGGGAACGGAAAUAUAUGAUUCACAACGCGGCUCGUAUAUCGAUUUAGACAUAUUGGAUGUCCUGCAAAUUUUUGGACGUGCUGGCAGACCGCAAUUCGACACUGAAGGUCACGCAACCAUCAUUACUGCCCAUAGUAAGUUGUAUCAUUAUUUGUCGUUAUUGACGAAUCAGAUACCCAUCGAGAGUAAUUUCAUUAAAUAUUUGGCCGACAAUUUGAAUGCGGAAAUUGCAUUGGGCACAAUAUCCAACGUAGAAGAAGCUAUACAGUGGUUGAGUUACACCUAUUUAUUCGUUCGGAUGCGAUUGAAUCAUCAUGUUUAUGGGAUUCCGUAUCAAGUCACAGUAGACGAUCCGAAUUUGGAGCAAAUGAGAAGGGAACUAAUCGAUAUAUCAGCCCGGUCAUUGGAUCAAGCGAAAAUGAUCCGGUACAAUCAGAAUACUGGGGAUCUGAAUACGACAGAUCUGGGACGUAUCGCAAGUCACUUUUAUCUUAAAUACGACACCGUACAAAUUUUCAAUGAAUUGAUCAAAGCAAUUAUGACCGAGGCAGACGUACUCGCAAUGAUAUCCCAAUCCCAAGAGUUUAAACAGCUGAAGGUGCGCGACGAUGAAAUUAACGAGCUGCAAUCUAUGUUCGACGAUUGUUGCGAACUCGAAGCGAAAGGUGGUGUGGAAAAUAUUUACGGUAAAGUGAAUAUUUUGCUGCAAACAUAUUUAUCGCGCGCUCGGAUCAAUACAUUUUCAUUGAUAUCGGAUCAGGCGUACGUUACACAGAAUGCCGUACGUAUAUGUAGAGCGUUGUUCACGAUUAUGUUAAGGCAAAAUAACGCGAUAAUGUCCGGUCGGCUGUUGGAAAUAGCGAAAAUGCUCGAAUUGCAACAAUGGAGUCAUAAGACACCGUUGCGCCAAUUCUUUUGCUUGCCAUUGGAAAUUAUUAAUAAAAUAGAAGAUUAUGAGUUAAGGAUUGAGAGAUUGUAUGAUAUGAAUGUGAAAGAAAUCGGUGAUAUUUUGCGUAAUCCGAGGGCAGCGGUGCUCGUCAAGAAAUGUUGCGAGGAGCUGCCCAUGAUAGAAAUGGAGUACAGUUUACAGCCUAUCACCCGCAGGAUUUUAAGGAUACGUUUGAAAAUAUAUCCUCAGUUCCAGUGGAAUGACAAAGUUCAUGGUAAAACCUCGGAGCCAUUUUGGAUAUGGAUAGAAGAUCCAGAUACUAAUUUCCUCUAUCACCACGAAUACUUUGUCUUAACAAAGAAGAUGGUUUGCAAUCAACUUGAACAGGAGCUUGUGAUGACUAUACCAUUGCAGGAACCACUACCAUCGCAGUAUAUAGUGAAAGCAACAAGUGAUCGUUGGCUAGGCAGCGAAAGCAUGACACCCCUUACAUUUCAUGAUUUAAUACUACCCGACAUAUAUCCACCAUUUACAGAUUUAUUGGAUUUGCAGCUGUUACCAGUGAAAGCGUUGGCACAUCCAGUGUUCGAAAGACUCUACAAAUUUACUCACUUCAAUCUGAUACAAACACAAAUCUUUCAUUGUUUGUAUCAUACGGAUAACAAUGUACUGUUGGGUGCUCCAACUGGUUCUGGAAAAACAAUUGUUGCCGAAAUAGCUAUGUUUAGGGUCUUCAAGGAAUAUCCUACACAGAAAGUUGUAUAUAUUGCGCCCCUGAAAGCUCUAGUUAGAGAACGAAUAAAAGACUGGAAAAUUCGACUUGAAGAGCAACUUGGAAAGAAAGUGGUGGAAUUAACUGGUGAUGUAACACCAGAUGUUAAAGUAAUAGCUAGUGCGAAUGUUAUUGUAACUACACCAGAAAAAUGGGAUGGUAUCAGCAGAAGUUGGCAGACAAGAUCAUACGUAAAAGAUGUUGCACUCAUAAUCAUAGAUGAGAUCCAUCUAUUAGGGGAAGACCGUGGUCCUGUAUUGGAGGUUAUAAUCUCGAGAACUAAUUUCAUCUCUUCUCAUACCAAGAAGAAACUAAGAAUUAUCGGACUGUCCACAGCGUUGGCCAAUGCAGUGGAUUUAGCCAAUUGGCUUGGUAUACAGAAUAUGGGCCUGUAUAAUUUCCGGCCAAGCGUACGACCUGUACCAUUGGAAAUUCACAUAAACGGAUUUCCUGGAAAGCAUUACUGUCCUCGAAUGGCAACAAUGAAUAGGCCAACUUUUCAAGCGAUCAGACAACAUUCACCAUGUAGCCCAGCACUUGUAUUCGUUUCGUCACGUAGACAGACACGGUUGACAGCACUCGAUCUGAUCGCUUAUCUUGCAGCAGAAGAUAAUCCUAAACAAUGGUUGCACAUGCCUGACGAAGAGAUGAAUAACAUAUUAGAUCAUGUACGAGAUUCGAAUUUGAAACUUACACUUGCUUUUGGAAUUGGGCUUCACCAUGCUGGUCUUCACGAUAAAGAUAAAAGAACUGUAGAGGAACUGUUUGUUAAUAACAAGAUUCAGGUGUUGAUUACUACAGCUACAUUAGCUUGGGGUGUAAAUUUCCCUGCUCAUUUGGUGGUGAUAAAAGGAACCGAAUAUUACGAUGGUAAAACAAAACGUUACGUUGACAUGCCAAUUACGGAUGUGCUUCAGAUGAUGGGUCGAGCUGGUCGACCGCAGUUUGAUAAUUCUGGUGUGGCAGUUGUUUUGGUGCAUGAUUUGAAGAAAAACUUCUAUAAAAACUUUUUGCACGAGCCAUUUCCAGUUGAAUCAAGUUUACUGGCAGUAUUGCCAGAUCAUAUAAACGCGGAGAUUGUGGCUGGUACAAUUAAAAACAAACAAGAGUUCUUAGAUUACUUAACAUGGACCUAUUUCUUUAGGAGACUAAUGAAAAAUCCUAAAUAUUAUGAUUUACAUGCGUUGGAGCCUCAUACGAUCAAUGAGUACUUAUCCUCUUUAGUGGACAAUACAAUACAGGUGUUGAUGGAAUCACAUUGUAUUGAUUUUGAUGAGAGCGAACAAAUUAUAUAUCCACUUUCAAUGGGUAAAAUAGCAUCAUUUUAUUAUCUCACGUAUAAAACCAUGCUGAUGUUUGAACAGUCGUUAAAGGAUGGAUUGUCAUUGGACGAUUGUUUACGUAUUUUAUGUAAUUCUAAUGAAUACAAUGAAUUACCUGUAAGACACAAUGAAGAAUUAUUAAACGAGGAACUAAGUAAAAUGUGUCGUUAUAGAGUAGAUAAUUACUCAUACGAUUCUCCAAAUACUAAAGCAUUCCUGUUACUCCAAGCACACUUUUCAAGACUUCCAUUACCAUGUACAGAUUAUACCACUGAUUUAAAACUAGUUCUUGAUCAAGCGAUCAGAAUUCUUCAGGCAAUGAUAGAUACAGUUGCAGAACAUGGGUGGUUAAGUACGACGCUCGUGAUAAUUCAGUUACUUCAAAUGAUUAUUCAAGCUCGGUGGAUUGACGAAAGUGCAAUUACUACACUGCCUCAUAUAAGUUCAGAACAUUUACCACUAUUUUCACGCCUAACUACAGGUCUUCCUGCAUUAUGCAACGUUGUGUUUAAUAGAUACCAUUCAUUUGUUCAAGUACUUGGUAAACAUUUUCAAGAAAAUGAAAUAUACGAGAUACAUCAAGUAAUUAAAGCAAUGCCAGCAAUUUAUCUUGAUUUAAGUUUGAAUGGACAUUGGUCUGACAGUACUGCACAGAAACCAAUAAUGUUGAGUUCAGAAAAUUGGAUUUACAUCGAUGUACAUAAAGAUCACGAUUAUGUAUUGAAUAUUGGAUUGCGACGAAAGAAUAAAUCUAAUAAUUUAAAAGCGCAUUGUCCUAUGUACGAAAAGGGAAAGGACGAGGGCUGGUUCCUGAUUUUAGGUAAUAUUUAUGAGAGAGAUUUAUUGGCGUUAAAACGAGUGAGUGGAAUAAAUGACCAAUGGAGACAUCAUCAGUUAGAAUUUACGGCGCCAUCGAGAUUAGGAAAAACAACACUGACAUUUUAUUUGAUGUCCGAUUGUUACAUAGGACUGGAUCAGCAGUAUGAAGUACAAAUAAACGUAAUACCUUAAUUUAAUACAAGUAAAAAAACGCUCAAAAGACUGAAGGACAGUGUAAAUAUGUACACCUGUAACUUGUUAACUUAAUUUCCAUUAAAGUUAUCGAUUAUAAACAAAAUAUUUUAAUACAAGAUAUAGUUAUGUUGUUUAAUAAAUGGAACUGUG